GUCUUGCUGUCUUGCGGUUGAGCAGAUCUGCUCGUCACUCUGUGCCGCCUUGUGUCUUCUGUUUGGUAACCAUCGCCAGUCACAUUCCUCGUCUCUCCUUGGUCCUGUUCCUUUUCUGUCCAUAAUCAGCCCCCGUGCCUUGUGUUCCACGUUGGCUUGGGUAGUCCGACGGGCGGUUCCCUCUUGUGCGCCCGCUGCUGUGCUUUGCUUCCUUGACUGUGGGGUUGUGUGCUGUGUCUGCCCGCCCAGCUGCGCCCAAAACUCGACCGUCUUCCUCUCUUCGCUCGCCAUCGCCGUCGCCUUCUUGCGCCUCCCCGCUUCCCUCCCGCCCCAGCUCGAGUAACGAACCCCUCCUGCCCGUCGCACAGCCUGCAACGUCUUGCUGGCCGCCCGAACCGUGCUGGCACUCAUCCCCUAAUCCUGGCCCGGUGUAACCACCCACGCCCGUCCUCUUGCCCCGACGCUGACGAGCCGUCGUGGCCUGCCUGCUUGUCCAGGGCUUGACAGCUUGACAAGCGAACCCGCCACAAAACCACCAAGAUAAUAAUUUGAACAAGAGCACAAAAAAGCGGUCGCCAGAACCCGGACGAAGGGGGAAAAUAAAAGAGAGGAGGCAACCAAAUUCCUUAUAAUAAGAAAGAAGAAACGAAGAAAAGUACGGCUAAAAAAAAGGGGCGACAAAAGUGAUCAAAAGAGACCAGUGACGGGGUGCCAGGCCGGCCCAAUGCGCUUUGUGGUAUCGUCCUGGGCACGGAUACUUUUUGCUGUCGUGUUGAGAGUUUCGCCGUGAGAAGAGCGCUCUUGUCUCCGCUCUCUCCUUCCUGCCUGCCGCCCACCGCCACCAGCCUCCAUCUCGGGUGUCCUGUUGGUUCUGGCAACCUGCGCGUGUCCUCUCUCGCCGCAUCAUUUAUCCGUUUAUUGUCUGCAAGGGAGAAUUGACUGCCUCUGCAACGGCCUGCGUCUGCCCCUUUCCCGCCCUCCACUCCAUCCGACGACUGCUCUGUCCGUCCAAACGCCCACCUCGGUUUCUGCCGCCGCACCGCACCUGCGCACAGCCAGCCGACUGCACCUUGGCUCCCCCGUCGCUCUUUCCGCCCCCAAUCUCAUUCACGCCAACCCACACAUCUCAAGGUCGCCUUGCCUGGGAGAAGCGGGCUGCACCACAGCUCCAGCGUCACCCCCCAAGACCCCCCAGCGAGCACCCGCCAAACGCCCGUCCCGCCAACCGCCGCCGCUUGGGCCAGCCAGGCAGGCGGAUUGACCCUCACUGCGCACCCAUGGACGAAAAUCACCGCCCCUCGGCUGCAAAACAACCGUCGGCGACGCCUAUCGACCCCAAGCCGGCCCGGCCAUUGUAUAGCAGCAAGCUUGGAGGCGACGGCAAGGCCAGGGCUCUGCAGCAGAACGUCAACAGCCCGAGUCCGACCACCAGACAAGCUCCCGUCGCGCAGCAGAAGGCCUGGGCCGCUGGCGCCAAGAACCCACUCACGGGUAGAUCGUCCCAGACUCCACCACAGAACAACUUCAACACUACCAGCAACACCAAGCAGCAGCCGCCCUCGGCCGCAACCCCGUCGCCCACAAACUCGCUCCGAGAGGGGCAACGAGUACGAAUCUCCCUCAACACCGGCGCCGAAUUCGAAGGCAUCUAUGCCAACAACCAGGCCGACCCCUCGACCUUUUUCCUGAGGAUGGUGCAGCAGCGAAGAAUCGCCGGCGACAUGGCAAACGGAGCGAACAAGCCGCAGAAUAUGACUAUCUCUAGAAAGGAUGUGGCAGAUGCCCGUCCUGUGGGUGGUAACGCAAACAAGAAUGACGCCAAGACUGCAAAUGGAAACCGUCCCGGCUUUCGUACCGAUAGCGCCAUCUCGAACACACGCCAGGGCGGCGAGCGCGCGCUCCAACCCUGGCAGCCCGACGGCGGAAGCGAUGUCAACAUGAGUCUCGAGUCAUCAUCGAAUGAUGGCCGUCCGUGGGACCAGUUCGCUGCAAACGAGCGUCUGUUUAACGUCAAGACCAACUACCAUGAGAACAUUUAUACCACCACCAUCGAUAAAAGCCACCCGCAGUACAAGGAGAGGUUAGCUGCUGCGGACAAGAAGGCUAGGGAGAUUGAGCGCAGUGCGCCAGCCACGGCACAUGUUGCCGAAGAGCGUGUUAUGGAUUUCGCCGGCGGAGAUGACAAAAAGGGUGACGAGGAGGACAAAUACAGUGGUGUUCGCCGCCAGGACGUGGCUGCUCUACAGAACCGGGAAAACAAGUACACGCCUCCCGCGAGGCGUGCCCCUGCCGCACAAGCAACUUCGUACGGCGCUCCGGUAGACCCUGCCAUCAUCUCUGCACAGCUCAAAGGCGGUCAGUCAAAGAAGGCACAGGCCAACAAGCAGGAGGAGAUCAAAGCUGCGCCUGCGCCUGCGCCCGCUGCCAAGCCCUCGACGCCUCAGGCUCAGCCCACAGAAGCGAAGACGGCCGAACCAAAGACUGAGCCCAAGGUCGAGCCGAAGCCCUCCGAGACCAAGCCUGUGGAGAAGACGACCGAUACAAAGACGGCAGCCUCGUUGCGCCCAUCUGCUGCCACAGGCAGAAACGUCUCGCCUCAGGGCAAGCCCGGUGCCGCCGCGCCGAGUGCCACUUCAACUGUCGAGCACGACGUCUUGAAGGAGUUUAAAAACUUUGCCAUUCAGCAGAGGGUCCAGGCUGAGAAGGUCCGCACCAGCAAGGCCAAGGCCGAUGCUCACGUCAAGCUUCAAGAGCUCAAGAAGUUUGCCAAUAGCUUCAAGCUCUCGACGCCUGUGCCUAGCGACCUCAUCUCCAUCAUUGCCAAGGACCCGGCCAAGCAGAAGGCGAUUCAGGAAAAGGCUUUGCAGAAUGCGGAAGAGGUCGCAAAGUCCAAGACGGCACCGAAGGAGGAGUCGGCGACCCCGGCUAAGGAGCCGGCCAAGGCGACCAAGGAGCAGCCCGCUGUCGGAAACACCUCGGCUCCCCACCCAGGCCCGGACAAUCGUGCCACAGCCAGGCCCGGUGGCCCGCAGCACGCGCCGUCGCCGGCGAAUCCGAACCAACGUCACCAAGGCGGCCGCCAGCCGUUCGCGCCCGGCUACGGCAACAACGGUCAAUUCCGCGGCGAUAGAUCCUCGGGCCAGUACGGCCCUGGCCAGGGCCGCGCCGUUGGAGGGACGCUUGGCGAGCGUCUCCGAAGAGUCGAGCAGGAGAGGCACGCGCGCCCGGUGAUGCACCCGGCCGACCAGCGCCAGCCUCCGACUGGCCCAGCCCACGGGAUGCCGCCGCCAUACGACCGCCGCAUGCAGGCUAUGCCGCAAGGCCCUGUUGCUCCCAAGCUCAACCCCAACAGCCACGAAUUCCGGCCAAACCCCUUCGCCACAACUUUCAACCCCAACAUGGCUGGCCCUAGCAACGGCUCGAGCCCGCGCCCCGAAGUGCAGGCACCACCUCCCAUUCCUGGUCAGCUGAUCCGUCGGAAGACCAAGGCCAUCGACGCCAAGAAGUGCUACAUCCUCUCACAUAUCCAGACUUUCACGCCGCCGCCCCAGGUUCGCAGCUGGGACGAGAACGAGGGCCUACGUCCGUCCUUCGACACGCUCCCGACCUGGCGCCAGCUCCAGGACGACGAGAAGAGCGACUCGACCAUGCACAUGACGUACUCUGAGUACCUCGAGAAGCUGCCCUACUCCAGCGGCAGCCUGGCCACCCCCAAUCCCCCGCACACCCAUCCGCAGAUGGCUCAUCAACAUCAGUUGCCCUUCCACCUGCAACACGGCGCUCAUAACCUGGCGCCUCGGCAGUCACCUCAUAUGCCGCCGAUGCAGAUGCACGGCGGCCAGCACGGCCACGUGCCCCAUGUGCCCUUCAACGGCGCCAACGACGAUCAUAACAGGAUGAUGCACUCCAACUCCGCACAGUCGUACGCCUCCCCCAGGAUAUCUCAGGUUCCCAUUGGAUACCCCCCUCCGACGAUGGGUUCUCCGGCGCAGCUCCCCUAUAACCAGGGGGUGAUGCCGCCCUUCAUGCCGGGCACUCCUCAAAUGAACAAUUUCCGUUCAUUCUCCAACAACCCCCAGUACAUGCCACAGCAGAACAGCCCAAUGACGGUGCCACUUCUGCCCUCUCAGUUCCUUCCGGCUCCGAACGGGCUUGUGGCCGGCGGCCCCCAGAUGUCAAUGUAUGCUGGGGCACAUCAGGGGUUCGUCCCUCAUGGCGGCGCCGCCCCGCCACAGCCGAUACCCGGAUCUACCGGCGGCUACCCCAGCCCUGGAAGGCCGGCUGCGCCCAUGAUGUCACAGCAGGGCUCCCAGCAGGGGCAGCCCAUGUACGGCGUCAGCCCCAACAUGCAGUUCCAGCAGCCUGUGUUCCCAUCGGGCCACCCUGGUCACAUGAACGCGAGAGGCGGCUACAACGGCGCCGGGCCACAGCAGUUUGGGACUAGCCCCCAACAGAUGCACAACUACGGGAACCAGCACCGCAAUAACAGCUACGGCGGCAAUAACCACAAGAACUUCCAAGGCCACGGCCAAGGGCCUCAGCAGGCCCUCCAGAUCCCAUCUGGUCCCCAGGGCCGCCAGGCGGACGGUCCGGAGGAGGCCAAAUGAAAGACCCUGCCUCCUCUAUCCAAGGUGUCGUGCAGGCCGAGAAGGGCCGAGCAUGGCGAUGACGCCGCGCCCUCCCAAAUCCACAUGCAUUUAUGUUGAGCAUCGAUUUGGAUGUCACAUGGCAAACUCGGCCCGGCAUGGCGCCGGGCCGUUCAGUGGCUUCGCGAAUCCAAGGAACAGAAGAGCGCAAAGGAUGGACUGAUCAACUUGCCACCAAAUAUGUGCCCUUCUGAGCUGCCCCCUCGUCAACUAAACGUCGCGUGGGAGAAUAUCUUUGUUUAACACAGAAAUGCUGCUCCCUGAGCAGGCAGACAUGCGCAGUGCCUCCCAGCAGAGACCUUCCCACGCCCCACCCGCUGAAUACAUUUGGAUGUCUGGAGGGCACGACCAGUGUUCUCUGUAUCUGAUAUUGACAUAUUCUUGGUCACUGUCAACAUUGGUAGCCCGGCUGACUUAUCAAACGCUUGUGGGAUGGGACCUGAGCCAGGGCCGCCUCGAGAGAAGUUGCUGGUGGCUCUCGGUUGUCUUCCCCUCAACUUCAAGGAUGCAGUAGGGGAAGGCGAGAUGGUUUCUGGUUGCUGUCAGGCGGGAAGGAGGGGGCCUCUCGAGGACGACGGGUG